AUGAAGGCCUCUCAGAUUCUUUCCAUGCUCGGCUUUGCCGCCUUUGCUCUUGCCCAGAGCGAGAGCCUGGCUCCUUCACCAACGGAGAGCGUCGGCUGCGAGCCUCACGGUGACCAUUGGCACUGCGAGGGCGCGCGCGCAACCACUGCCGCAGCCGUCAGCGGAACCACCCUUCUCACAAGCGUUGCUGCCGCGACCACCACUGCCACUGAGGACCACGACCACGACCACGAUGACGACCACACUUCCGGCACCGGCAGCCUUGCUCCCUCUCCCACUGAGUCCGUCGGCUGCGAGCCCCAUGGUGACCACUGGCACUGCGAUGCUGCUGCCACCGCCGCCUCCGGCACGGCUUCUGCUACUGGCACCGGAUCCGCUGCUGUCACCACCACUGCUGCGGCUACCACUGGCGCCGCUGGCACUACUGCUGCUGGUAGCGCUUCUCCCAGCUCUACUGCCGUUCCUGCCGGAGCUGCUCGCGCUGGGUUUGGUGCUGCUGCCAUCGCUGUCGCUGUCAUGGCUUUGUAA